AUGCACGCACCGGCCUUUGCGCCGCCUCAUGGAUUUGAUGUUGGGGGGAAGAGAAUGGUAGAGGAGAUGAAAAUUCUGGGUACAAGAUCCCCGUCACCACCCAUAACCUCAAUCCAAGUCACCUUGCUGUCUGACUUCACUGUUGUUGCUGGCGCUGCUUACUGGGAAUUACGAGAAACCCAAUGCUUUGCUGUCUACUUUGCUUGCGACAAUCAAAUCCCAAGGAAGGGAGGGACAUCUUUCAUGCUCGCUAUGAUCCAUCAACUGCUCAACCAGCGGCCGGCAGAGCUGCGAGAAGUGCGAGAGCUUCUGGAUGUUGAGCAGGCUUCGGGGGAUGUUCCAAAUAUACAGGUCGUCAACUUCAGUGCCGAUGACCUGGGAAUGUCGAUCGAGGGCCAGUCGACAAUUCGCAUCGAUGCCACUGAUGUGGUACGUCUUGAGAUUGGAUGCCUUCGGAACCAACUGCUCGCGCAGCUGAAGCUAGAGUCACAACUGCAACAAAAGAUAGGAGUGAUUGAAAAAGCCCUUGAUAGGUGUCAGAGCCACUCCGAACUUGCCUUGACGCUGGAAGCAGCCACAAAGCCUCUUUCCAAUGUAUCGAACACUAUUGGGUCGUAUGCCUCAGCUCUCGAGGCUUUGACGUCAAGUAUGGAAGACAUGAUUGCUUUGAAAUAUCGUGAACUACCUGAGUGGGCUCGUUGUGCACUUGGUUGGAUUAUGCACGCAAUAACGCCUCUGACACUGAGCGAAUUGGCCACUGCCAUCAGCAUCACAUCGAAUACUAGCACCCCCGACGAGCAACGGCUGCUCCUCAAUUUAGCCCUUCAGCUCAAGGAUGUCUUUGGGUCCCUUGUUGUUGUGGAAAGUGGGAUAGUGCUCAUCCGCGACAAACAGGUGCGAGACUGCGUCCGGUGCCUGAUCAAUUCCGACCAGAGGGAGGAAACGUCUUCACCUGUCCCCAAACACAAGGAUAUUGCGGAGGGUCUGCUUCGAUAUCUUUCUUCCGAUCUCAUUCUUAAUAUGGCGCAGUCUCAAUCGUACAGCGGUUCCAGUUCACUUCAACAAAAGGGUGGUUUUGCUGAUCUGGUUGGGUACGCAACCAAAUGGUGGCCCAAUCAUUUCACAGAAGCAAAUAUAGACCAUGAAACUGCGACCGAAAUUCUUCGGGGCACCAUUUGCUGCACUGAGUUUGGAGUAUGGGAGCAUAAAAUUCGCACUCUCGCGAGACUUGAAACAGCAAAAAUUGAGCCGUUGGUUCUGGCUGCCCAGUACGGCUGGAAAGAUAUUGUUCGAAAUGCUGAAGCAUUGCAGCAAGCCGCUUUGCAUGACCAUCGCGAGAUAAUAGACCUCCUUUUGCCCGACCAGACUGGGAGUGUCACUACCAAAUGGCAUGACGAGAUGAUUACUUGUGCGGCACUCGCAGGUCAUCUUGGUUUAGUGGCAUAUCUCAUACAGCAGGGUGAAAGCGCCAGCAUGAGAGAUGGAGAUUCAACCCUCUUACAGAUCGCAGCGCGCAUAGGUCAUGACUCGAUCGUGCACCUUUUGCUUUCAUCUGGGACCGAUCCUGACUUAGCUACAGCGAAGGAUCGUACCAAGCCUCUCCUGUAUGCCGUUAAAAAUGGCCAUCUCUCCAUUGUGAAACAGCUGUUAGAACACAAUCCACCUGCACAAAUAAUGGUCACGGAUGAGAAGGCGCAAAACUCAUUCCAUCUCGCCUCUGAGUAUAACCACCCCAGUAUCGUCUCAUACUUGCUCGACAUUCGUUCCAGACAUGAGGCGCAUGCUUCUACAGUCCUAAAUGCCAUCGAUUCGGAUCACCGAACACCCCUCUCCUUGGCCGUCUUGAACGGUUGUAAGACUAUCGUCGAACUGCUUCUCAAAGAGCGGCCGUACGUUAACCUCGGAGAUUGUGCAGGCCAAACAGUUCUUUACGAUGCGGUCGCCGGGCGGCAUGAGAGCAUUGCAAGGACUAUCAUCAACUACUUUGGCCCCGGAGGCUUUCCCGCUGAAUUCCACAAUAUUUGUCGCAAAGCGACCCAAGUCGGAUUUGUCGAUGUGCUUGAGUCUUGCCUUGUCAUGUGGACAGGUGAAAAUGUCAAAGGACCCGCACAGUAUACUGACUUUAACGGCUGGAUGCUUCUUCACCACGCCGCCAAAGAAGGACAUCUAGGAGUGGCAGAGUUGCUUAUCCGAUUCGAUGUGCCCAUUGACGUCUCUUUACCGGGUGAUGAUAACUGCACCCCGCUGACGCUCGCGUCCUUGGCCGGUCACGAUUCCCUCGUUCAAUUGCUGAUCAAAAAUUCAGCAAAUGUGCACGUAAAAAAUAAAGACGGAGAGACGAUUGUCACGCAAAUCUCGCGGCAUGAGCAAAUUGAACCCAGUCACGUUCGCAUAGUCGAAUCUCUGCUUGGUGUGGGGUUGGAUCCGAAUACACGCGAUUCAUCGGAGUGGCGCCUUUUUCACGGUCUUUACGCCCUUCACUGGGCAGCGGGUAGGCGUCACAGUACAAUAGUUCAGGCUCUGAUUGAUGGAAACGCAGAUAUGGAUGUAGAAGACAUUAAAGGCCGACGGCCUCUUCACUACGCUGCAAGGCAUGGAGCUGUGGAGACCUCGCGACUUCUGCUCAAUGCAAACGCCAAUCCCCAAGCCGUUGACAAGAGAGGAAAGACUGCUGUACACGAGGCUCUGAAGAGUGGUGCAAUCGGGGUCAUGGAUGUUUUGUGGGAAUUGAACGAAGACACAUUUUUCCUGGUCGAUAUCGAUCAAAGCACGGCUCUUCAUGGUGCUAGGACAGUGGCAGCUGCGCUCUGGCUUAUUAAUCACGGGCUCCAGGUGAACAGCAAGAACAAGAAUGGCGAAACGCCGCUAAUGAUGCAGUGCAAGGAGGGCAGGGAUGAAGUGGUUGCUUUGCUUCUUUCACACAAUGCCGAUCCCAGAAUUGCAGAUGAUAGGAGUCAAAUCGUUUUGCACUGUGCCAUGGCAAAAGGUCACCUGGCUGUUGCGACAGAACUUAUCGCAAAGGAUCCUUCUCUCCUAGAGAUUCAUGACAAUGAAGGACAAACUCCAUUACAUUACGGCGUCCACAAAUCGAGAUUCACACUCGCGUGGCUUUUAUCAUCUUCUGAGAUACCGUCGAUCAUUGCGGAUGUCCCCGAUAAAGACGGAAACACCGCACUCAUGCUCGCCAUAAAGGACGACCAACCAGGACUCGCCCAAUUGCUCUUGCACCAUGGCGCCAGCACGAUAACUCGGAACCACAAGGGAGAAAGUCCCUUGGUCACUGCCAUCAGCCUGAAUCAGAGGGAAUUGUUUCCCCUGAUCUUGGAACAUCUGAAAGGGGAACUGCAAGACGGAAAUGAAAACUUUCUGAAUGAAGGUCAACCCACGCCGCUUUACAAGGCAUGUGAAGAAGGGUGUUUUGAUCUGGUGAAGGAGUUGGUCCAAGUGAAUGCGCCCGGGGGCGGGGAAGCGGGCACCGCCCUGGGCGUGUCGGCGAGGAUCUGCCACCGCGGACAGGUGGAGUACCUCCUAGCGCACAACGCCGACGCGAGUCAAGCGGCGGGCAUAUAUCCGCACGCUCUUAGUGCCGCACUGCGAUCUGGGUGGGCUUCUUAUGUCGUUGAUCUACUCGUGGGGCGACACGAGGUGCCUAUCGAAAGAGCCGAUCAGCAAGGCCGACGGGCUGUGCACAUGGCCGCACGCAAGCGACUGUGGCCUUUGAUAAAGUCCAUAGAAUCCCGCGGAGGGCUGAUGACGGCCCCCGAUACCCAGGGACGGACUUUUCUGCACCAUGCUGCCGCCGCCGCCGGCGAGAUCAUUGUGCAAGAGGCCUUGGACAUGCCGCUGGACAUCUUAUCGCAAUUGAAUGUGGACGAUGCGAAUGGCUGGAGUCCCCUUCACUGGGCCUGCCGCGCGAAAUCUAAUGAAGAUGUUGUUCGCUUGCUCCUGUCUGCUGGCGCUGACCCAAAUAAGGCCACAUCAGAUGGCUGGACUCCUUUGGACAUCGCCAUAUUCCAUGAUGCCGCCUAUGUCGAGUCUGUGCUGUUAGAGUUUGCCUCUGGGCCCUUGCAUUGCUCCAUCAAAAACAAAGGGCAGGUCCAUAGGAGUCGUUUAUGUGACGGUUGCGGCUUUGUGAGUUUUCCUUUCCCCUCCCCAUCUCCUCGGUUCGCCUUUCUUGGUGACACUUUGCUGAUAAUAUCGUGUUAUCUUUCCCCAAAGAGAAUUUUCGGUGUUCUAUAUCACUGCACGGUAUGUGAGCGUUUCAACUUCUGCUUCAAGUGUUACUGGAGUGCUGCUCAGACACACCCGGGUCACACAUUCGAGGCAGUUGGGGAGGGACCGGAGCGUGGUCCAGAGUGA